GCUCUUUUCAAUCCCGUUGAGCGCGCCAGAAAUUAUUCGCGGGAGUAAUCUGUUGUGUACUUCUUGUAUUGUUAUUGGAAUAUUUUUCUGUUUUGGAUAGAUGUUUUAAUGGAUCCGUCGGAGGUGGAAUUUCUUUCGGAAAAGGAGACAGUGACGAUUAUACCGAACUUCAGUCUGGACAAAAUUUACUUGAUCGGGGGAGACCUUGGUCCUUUCAACCCUGGCUUGCCUGUUGACGUGCCGGUAUGGCUGGCCCUCAAUCUGAAGCAGAGACAGAAAUGCAGAAUCGUGCCCCCAGACUGGAUGGAUGUCGUAAAACUUGAGCAAAUCAGAGACCAAGAGAGGAAGGAGGAGACCUUUGCCCCUAUACCAAGUCCUUACUACAUGGAGCUUACAAAAUUACUGCUUAACCAUGCUUCUGACAACAUCCCCAAAGCGGAUGAGAUCAGGACCCUCGUGAAGGACAUAUGGGACACCCGGGUUGCCAAACUGCGUCUGUCUGCGGACAGCUUCAUCAGCCUGCAGGAAGCACACGCCAAGCUGGAUAACCUAACCCUCAUGGAGAUCAACACUACCCGCAUGUUCCUGUUGGACUCUCUGAACUGCAUGUACAAACUGCGAAGCAACAUGCAGCCGGGCUCAGGUGCCACCAGGUCCCAGGACUACUGAUUGCAGCACGCAUCCCAUAAUUAACAUGGCUGCAUGUCCCCCAGGACACCACAUCCACAAACCUUAUCGGUUCAGCUAAAACACAGGCACUUAAAAGGCUGGGGAGGACCUCAACACAUUGCGUCCUGACUGGCGGCCAGAUGUGCUGUGUCCCGUGAAGUCGUCUGCCAGUGCUGCGGGCCUGGCUUGAGUGUGUGUGUGUGUGUGUGUGUGUGUGUCUGGGUACCGAAGCAGUUUGGGAAGAGGUGUGAACAUACCGUGGCUGCGCAGCUGCUGCCUGCUUGGUGCAUGGGGUGAAAGUCAUGCAGUUUCGUAAUGGGCAGGUUUGUGUACAUUGCUUCGAGCAAAAUAGUUUUAGGUACGUGGCAGGGGUUGAAAGGGCAAUAAACAGUUCUGUAAACAA